AUGAGUUAAUUCACCGUAGAAAAACUUAAUGAGGGAACUGGACCAGUUUGCCCAAAAGGAGCUACUGUUUUUGUUCACUAUACUGGAAAACUAACUAACGGAACUGUCUUUGACUCAAGCAUCCCAAGAGGAGAGCCUCUUGAAUUCGUCGUUGGAGAAGGCCAAGUCAUCAGAGGUUGGGAUGAAGGCAUCUGCCAACUUUAGAAGGGGCAAAAAGCCGUCUUAACCUGCCCACCCAACUACGCAUAUGGUGCAAGUGGUAUUGGAGGAGUUAUCCCACCAAACGCAACUUUGAUCUUCGAUGUUGAACUCAUUGACUUCACCGUAUGA